AUGAUUAUUUAUUCCCUAAACAUUAGAGUAGGUGGCAAGAGGGUGAAGAGGAAGAGAAUUGGUUACAAUAUUCAGAGAGGUAGGGUUGAUUUAGCUUUUUUACAAGAAACGAAGUUGAGGGAUGUUCAACAUCAAUAUGUUAAGGAGAUGUGGGGAGAUGAGUGGGUGGAGUGGUCUCACCUAGAGGCCGAGGGGGCUUCGGGAGGUAUUCUCAUUAUGUGGAGGAAAGAUUUCUUCAAACUUAUUUAUAGUUUCCGCGGAGAGGGAUUCUUAGGCGUUUGUGUGGAAAAGGAUAACAAAAGAAUAUAUUUUGUCAACAUUUAUGCUUCAUGUGACCACAAGGUUAGAAUGAACUCUUGGAGAAAGAUUGUGGAUUUGAAGAGGAGGAGUAUUGAUGGAUCUUGGUGCAUAGGUGGGGAUUUCAAUAUUGUCACAUCAUCGGAGGAGAGAGUUGGUAUUUCGAAGAAGAAUUAUAAAAGGGAGAUGGCCGAUUUCAUUGACUUUAUUAAAGAGAUAAAGUUGGUGGAUCCACCCACGAUUGGAGGGAAAUUCACUUGGUCAAAUAGGUGUGGUAGUGCGAUGAGUAGAUUGGAUAGAUUUCUCUUGUCUUCAUCCUUUAUUGACGAUUGGAAGGUGGAAGGUCAAACUCUCUAG